CCAUAGCCAAUAACCAUAUCUCCAAAACAUAAAAACCAAAACAAAAUUCAAAACAUGGGUUCUCUUCCCCAUAUAGUAGAAGAUUGCAUGGGUGUUCUUCAACUCUUUAGUGAUGGCUCCAUUUUUAGGCCUAAAUCUAUAAAUUUCAAUUUGCCAGUAAUUAAUGACAACUCUAUCCUCAUCAAAGACUCUCUCUUUGAUAAAAAUCAUAAUCUUUCUCUUCGUCUCUAUAAACCCACUUCCCUACCAUCACCAUCUUCAAACGAUAAAAAUAAAAAACUUCCGAUAAUAUUAUUUAUCCAUGGCGGUGGUUUCUGUGUAGGCUCUCGUUUAUGGCCUAACUGUCAUAACUGCUGUUUGCGUCUAGCUUCUGGCCUAAAAGCUCUGGUUAUCUCUAUAGACUACCGUUUGGCGCCGGAGCAUAGGCUGCCGGCAGCCAUAGACGAUGCAGUCAGUGCCAUGCAGUGGCUGCGAAAUCAAGCUUUGAGUGAGAGUGGAAAUGGAGAUGCAUGGUUAAGUAAUGAUGAUGUUGACUUUGACCAGGUUUUUGUAAUAGGUGAUUCUUCUGGUGGGAAUAUUGCACACCACUUGGCGGUUCGGUUCGGUGCCGGUUCAAACGGGUUGGCUCCGGUUCGAGUACGAGGUUAUAUUCUGUUGGCGCCAUUUUUUGGUGGACUUGCUAGGACGAUGUCUGAGGAAGGACCUAGUGAACAGUUUCUGAAUCUUGAUGUACUAGACAGAUUUUGGAGGCUGUCUAUGCCUGUUGGAGAAAGUAGAGAUCAUCCAUUGGCAAACCCAUUUGGACCAGAGAGCUUGAAUCUUGAAAAGGUUGGUCUUGAUCCACUGUUGGUGAUGGUAGGCAGCAAUGAACUAUUGAAAGAUAGGGUUAAGGACUAUGCAAAGAGGUUGACACAAAUGGGAAAGAAAAUAGAUUACCUUGAAUUUGAGGGAAAGGAGCAUGGUUUCUUCACAAAUAAUCCUUACUCUGAAUCUGCUUUUCAAGUGAUUGAAGCCAUUCAGAAGUUCAUGUUUCAUAACUCCACUUAAUCAAAUCCAUGUAUAAAUUUUAGAGUUCAAGUAUUCUAAUAAUUAGUAAUUUCCAAUUAAUUAGGUUGGUUAUGUGUACUAUUAACUUAGCUAUAAUUAGGGGAUUAUAUUUCUUUUUUUUUUUUCAUUUUCUCUUUCUUUUUUAUACUUUGUCUUGGAUUGGAUUUUGAAUUCGAGAUAUAUCAUAAUAAUUUUGGAGAUGCCUCUAA